AUGGAGAAUACAAAAAAUAUGCCCAGUGAACAGAAGAGAUUGACAUACACAACAAACAGGACGUCAUUUUUUGACAUCACUGAGCCAAAUGCGCCCAUUCAUAAGUGUGAAAUGAAGGGGUUUUACAUCAUGAUUGUUUUGCUGGUUGGCUACUACAUUUUGAUAUCGUGCUAUAUCAAGUUCAUGUCAGAGGGCUCAUUCUUCGAGCAAACAUUUUUUGAGAACAUGGUAAGGGAUGGAAAACUUGUUGUGCUUAUUUGGCCGUGCGUAUUUUUGUACUCAUGGAUAGCAUUUUUCCAUCAGCGACUGAUACUGGCUGGACUUCCUCACAGUGGAUCGUGGAUAAUCCAGCACUCUUCUCAAAGUCUGAUGUUUCUGGUUACUUCCUAUUUGGUUUUAACCAGAGAUUGGGGCUUCACUCAAACGAUUUUCAUAACAUUCCUUUGCUUUACUCACUUUAUGAAGAUGCACUCAUACACCCAGAUUAAUCGAGAUCUAAGAGAAGAAUGGCUGAAGAACCCAAAGGAUUCACUCCCCCUUUGAAUUGGAAAAAAAUUAUUGUCAAAUUUUCCAUUUCUAAAAACAUGAUCCCAUCUUUAAAUUGGAAAUAAAUGUUAAUUUUUAUAGGUAAAACUAAUAAUUUCUAUAUAAAUAUAUUUGAUAUCAAAUUUGAUGUUACAAAAAUCAAAAUUUACCCAUAAAUCUUCUAUUUUAAUUUAGAAGUGGAAUUGGCCUGCUAUUUAAGCAAAGUUAACACUUUAAAUCGAUAAAUUUUAUAAAUAUUUUUUCGGAUAUGAAAUUUAUGAAUUUUUUUUAAAAACCCUUAAAUUGGAACAGAUUUUUUGGUUCCAAUUUAACGGGGGGAGUCAGCAUAUCCCAAGAAUAUUACAUUUUAUGACUAUCUUAUGUAUAUGGUAAGGCCUGUUUUGGUUUACCAAACUUCUUAUCCAUCCAUUCCAAAAUUCAGGAUAAGUUACUUUUUAAAGAAAUGUGCCUUAUUAUCGGUUCAGAUCAUAACUUUAUAUAUAUGCAUCUCUGAUCAUAUCCUUCCAAUUAUAAAUGAGAGAAGUCCCCUCUUCAUCUCUUGGAUGAAACUUGCGAUUCCUUGUCUUGUUACUUACUGGCUGGUCUUUUUUAUAACUUUCGAACAAAUCCUCAACUUAUUCGCAGAACUUUCCUUAUUUGGGGACAGAGAAUUUUACCAAGACUGGUGGAACUCUAACACAUUUGCAGACUUCUCAAGGAAAUGGAAUCGCCCAGUGCAUCAAUUCUUGUACAAGCAUGUUUAUCUCGAAGCCAAAGAAAGGUGGGGUCUUACUGAGAAAAAUGCAGCUUAUUUCACAUACUUUUUUUCAUCACUGUGCCAUGAGAUGGUGGUAGCCUUGGUUUGUAAAACAAUCAGGCCUUACUUGCUUGGGCUGAUGAUGUUUCAGAUUCCUUUAGUGCUGAUUGCGAAAGUCGGUGGGAAAGAGUUUGGACUUUAUCUCUUUUGGACAGGUAUUAUAACAGGUCCUCCUCUGCUCUGCACUCUAUAUUCAAUUUCAUCAUUUUAUUAG